AUGCUGGAUACAGAUUCUGAUGACGAGGAUGGUGCUGAGCUGGCAUCUGAUAACCCCGAGGUGGCAUUGGACGAAGCUGACGAUGCAGAACCGGUGAUUCUGGACAGCGGGGCUGCUGCUGACGUGUCCACACCCUCUGUUGAGCUGGCAGGAGAAGGGAGCGGAGAGGAUGUGACUGAAAUGAGGGAUAGACUAGGGGAGGAGGAAGAGGUGGAGGUGAUGGAAGUGAGGGGGAGGAGGAGGAGCUCUGACGGUGGGGAGGAGGUGGUAGUGGUGGAAGAGAAGGGGAGGAGGGAGAGAGGAGGUGGGAGAGCAAGUGACAGGCAUGUAGUUGACUUGGAGGGGUAUGGGAGCUCUCAGAUUCAAGAGAUUCAGGACACUCAGGAGGAGAUUCAGGAGGAGGGGAAUGGGGGGACUGAGGAAGUUGAGGAUGAGGGGGAGGAUGAGGAGGAGGAGGAGGAGGAGGAGGAGGGGGAGGAGUUGCAAGCUGCUGACGUGGAUGAGGAGGAGGAUGACGUGGAUGAUGACGCGGAUGACGAUGCGGCUCAAGAGAUUGGAGAAGAUGGGGGAGCGGGUUCGGGAGGUGCAGGCUCGGCGAAGGGUCGGGAGGAGGGCACAGGGAAGGCGGGAGACGGAGCGAGAGGAGAAGCAGGAGAGCAGGAUGAAGAAGGUGAACAGGAGGGAGAGGGGGAGGAGGCACAAGGGGAGGAGAGGAGUGGUGGUGGUGGUAACCGCACGGUGGAAGGGACAGUAGAAAAACCUGCGAAAGUGCCUUCAAGCAUUCCGAAGAGAUUCCUCAAGGAGUUGAGGGAGCUUCGGGAAAUUAGUGGGAUUCCUGAGCCUGCUUUGGCCUCGGAUGCUGCCGAACCUAGAGAAGGCACCCAGGCUCGGAACGGAGCUGCAGCAGGCUCGGCGCCUCGGGGCUGGGUUCCUCCGAGUGUUCUUCGAGAUCCAACCUCCAUUGCCUGUUAUGUGCCGACGAGUGCUCCACACGUUCCGAAACAGCUCCCACAGGACGUCAUGAGUUUGGGGGUGCGCUUGUUUGCCAAGAGCCCUGGAGCAUUGUUGUGGCAGCAGCAAGCCAAGGCAAGGCGGGGAGGAGGAGGCUCAAUGAGAACGGGAAAUGCGUCUUCUAUCACUAGUUACAGUUCUUUCUUUGUAGAGCAUGCCAAGACCGGCGAUGCAGCAUUUUCCAUUUCGCUAGCAACGCAUGACGAAGCCGGCGAAAAUAACGGCGUUGCAAGAGAUUCCUGCGCUAAACCUGCCGAUCCUCCAGCUCGCCGCAGCGCGUCGAAGCACCGUCGAGCCUCUUCCGUAUCGCGACCCGCGUGGCUCAGCGAGGAGCAAAUCUGCGCUGCGCUCGCCGCUCCGCCAGUCCCCCCGGCAUUCGGCGCUCCUUCUCCGCGAAAUGCCGCUUCCGCCGCAGCGUCCGCCUCCAGACGAUCAAGCUGGGCGCUCGCGGCUACCGCGCACGGCAUUAUGGCGGAAGGCUUUGGCUGGGAAACGAUGAAAGGCGACUUGUGCGACAGCGGUAACAGCCGCGGCGCCGUCGUAGCAGCAAUGCCGUCACCGUCGUCUGCCAACAGUAGCACGAGCAGCGGCAAUCGCAUAAAAUCGAGUUUUAGUAGCGGGGACAAUGUAACGGACAAGGACGACGUUUCUGGAGCCGACGCGGCUCGUUUGCCAUGGCUGCCGCCGGUGAUCUCGUCGCGCAGCAGCAGUGGCGAAAGUUACCCGUGCCUCGCCACUCCCAGAUCGAACAGGGCUCGGCGAAGGUCCUUCACGAACACCUCGUCUGUCCGCGCGUUCCGCCAUUCCCACAGCGCGCCCGCGGAUGAGAGUCCAGGAACUGGGGGGAGCGGCGGGGGGAACGCGCCGCCUUCUCCGAUGGGUAGGAUUCCGAGCUCUGGGUUUGGCGGGGGCGGGGCGAUGACCCCCCGACAAAGAGCCGCGCGGAGCAUGUUCCCCCGCGCCGUGUCCGCGUCGUCCGCGCACGUCAGCGGCGAGAGCGCGGGAGGGGGGAUAGGCGGGGCGAAUCGCAGGCGAGGGGGCGGGCGGGUAGUGGGGCGGGUUGGCUCAUCCCCGCUACAGCCAUCCCCGCUACAAGCGUUCACGCUACAGCCGUCCCUGCUGCAAGCAGCUGCGUCGGUCAGCGGUGUAGAUGCGCCCGCUCAGGAAAACAACCCGGACAUAAAUUAUUUUCUACAAGCUGGGUCCCCUGCCCGCGCUGGCCCAGGUUUGGGGCGAAGGGGGGUCACAGUGGCAGCAGCGCCGAAACUGAAACCGCUGCCAGAGCUAAGGCAACUCAGUGGUCGUGUAGCGCUGAGGCAAUUUAGCGGUUUGUCUGGAGCCCCGUCGUACUCUUCUUACAGAGAACGUAGGCAGCAGCAGCCGCGGCAGCUUCAGAGGCACUCGACUGCUCCCUGUGAUGAAAUUGACGGCUCUGUUUUCGAGAUGGUUGACCCAGAGGAAUCGAACGGUUCAGAACCAGCGGUUGUGGACGGUCAGUGUGCUUAA